AUGGUGAAAAGUGUUGCUAUUAUUGGUGCUGGAUCCAGUGGGAUGUCGGCAAUAAAGUGCUGCUUAGAUGAAGGCUUGGAACCUACAUGCUAUGAAAAAACUGAUGAUGUUGGAGGACUCUGGCGUUACAAGGAUAAACCUGAGGAUGAUCGAGCCAGUAUCUACCAGUCUGUGGUCAUCAACACUUCCAAGGAGAUGAUGUGUUUCAGUGAUUAUCCCAUCCCAGAUGAUUUCCCGAAUUUCAUGCACCACUCCAAAGUCAUGGAGUAUUUCAGAAUGUAUGCACAAAACUUCAACCUUAUCAAGUACAUCCAGUUUAAGACCACAGUUUACAGCAUAAAGAAACGUCCUAAUUUCACCACCACUGGGAAAUGGAUUGUCAUCAUAGAGUGUGAUGGAGAACAAGAAAGAAGAGUCUUCGAUGCCGUAAUGGUCUGCACUGGUCAUCAUUCGACUCCCUACUUACCACUUCACUCUUUUCCAGGAAUAGAGAUGUUUAAAGGACAGUAUAUUCACAGCCGAAACUACAAGACUCCAUAUGAUUUUCAGGGAAAAAAGGUUCUAGUGAUUGGAAUUGGGAACUCUGGUGUGGACAUUGCAGUAGAAUUAAGCAGGACGGCUGAACGUGUCUUCCUUAGCACUAGAAAAGGAGCAUGGAUUGUGAAUCGUAUAUCUGAUGGAGGAUACCCUGUGGACAUUGUACAUUUGUCUCGUUUCAGUAAUACGAUCGAGAAUAUAUUACCUUCAUUCCUCAUUAAUUAUAUAGCAGAAUCUUCUCUUAACAAAAGAUUCAACCAUACCAACUAUGGAAUUGUUCCCAAACACAGGUGA